GCCCUUAAAGGGGCCGCGGCGGUGGGCCCGGCGUCCCCGGCGGGUAGUGCGUGGUUGAGGAUCGUGCGUGAGGUGGCUGCGGGGUGGCUCACAUCCCUGCCCCGGGGGGGAUGGGGGACGGGCCCUGAGGACCUGGGCGCCCGGUCUGCGGGCUGAGAGCCUCCGAUCGCCCGCGUCUCUCCGUCUGCAGAGCGCGGCGCCAUGGCUCCCGGCGGCUCCCGCAAGCGCUCGAGGAGUCGCAGCCGCUCGCGGGGGCGAGGGUCGGAAAAGAGGAGGAAGAGCAGCAAGGACGCCCGGGGCAGCUGUUCGGCUUCUAGGUCCCAGGACCGCAAGGCCAGCACCACCUCCUCGGGGGCGGAGGAGAGAAGCAAACAUCAGGCUCGGAGAAGACCACGUUCCAGCUCCUCCUCCUCCUCCUCUUCCAGUUCUCCCAGCUCCUCUUCCUCCUCUUCGUCCUCCUCCUCCUCCUCCUCCUCCAGCCAUGGCCGGAAGAAGCGGGGGAAGCACAAGGACAAGAAGAGGAGGAAGAAGAAGAAGAAGAAAAGGAAGAAGAAGCUGAAGAAGAAAGACAAGGAGAAGGCUGAGGUGCAGCCGCCGGAGGCUCUGCCGGGCCCCUCGCUGGACCAGUGGCACCGGUCCACCGGGGAGGAGGAGGACGGCCCAGUCCUGACGGAUGAGCAGAAGUCGCGCAUCCAGGCCAUGAAGCCCAUGACCAAGGAGGAGUGGGACGCGAGGCAGAGCGUCAUCCGCAAGGUGGUGGACCCGGAGACCGGCCGCACCAGGCUCAUUAAGGGAGACGGCGAGGUCUUGGAGGAAAUCGUAACCAAGGAACGGCACCGGGAGAUCAACAAGCAAGCCACCCGAGGGGACGGCCUGGCCUUCCAGAUGCGAGCGGGGCUGCUGCCCUGAGGCCCCGCCGACCGGGGUCCGUGGGCGAUGUCGGUGGCGUGACGGGGUGGGCAGCAGGCGGCCACGUGGGUGCCGUGCGUCCUCGCUCCUGUGGACCGGCCUCCGUGCAGCCGCCUCUCCGUCCCUGUCCCGCUCGGCUCCCUGCCCCCGGCUGUCGCAUUAAACGUCCCGGCUGAGACGUCG